CAAGUCAGGCCGCCAGAGAGAGACACAAAGCACAUGCAGCUGGCAGCGAGCACACAAAGAGAGGGGCUCGUGAGAAGAACUGGGGGAGGAGCAGCGCUUCUCCUGCAGAUUUGACUGCCGUGGCUUUCCGUAGACGGAUGUUUCGGGGGUCCUUUGGCGUUAGCUCUUCUUUUAUAGUCGUAUAUAGUCGUAUAUACACAACGUAAUCCCGCCUUCUGCCGGGCCGGGGGGAGGAGCACGAAAGAACGCCGAAGCGCGAGAGAAGCUCCCUCCCAGUUUGUGGUUCCUGACGGGAGGGGCGGCUAGCGCUCCAGGGGGAGAGAUGCGAGCGGGUGCGCAGAAGGGGAGCGGGCAGGCAAAGGCAAUGGAGCCGUAAUGGGGUCAGCCCUGGCCCGGGGGAGAGGACGGUAUCUGCCCGGGUUUAUUGCAUCCGCCGACAGAUAACAGUGUGGCCUGCGAACCCGGUGUGAAACGUGAAAGCAGCACGCACUUUGUGGCACACAACUACAGAAAGUGGCUGGAAGGUGAUCAUUUUAAUGGGAACCUCCUAGAGUUCUGACCCUUACAAAACAGUACAUGAAAGGAGAACAUGGUUUUGUGCAUUUUCCAGUCAUUGCUGGACUUCCACCCCUUGGGGGCACAUGGUGUCCUGCCUGCCUCCUCCCUGCCCAGAAGAUGACCAGACUGCUGUUGGGAGUUACUCUAGAGAGGAUCUGUAAAGCUGUUGUUCUUCUUUGCCUGGUGCACUUUGUCAUCAUAAUGAUACUCUAUUUUGAUGUAUAUGCCCAGCGCCUAGAUUUCUUUAAUCGGUUCAAUAUCAGGAACACUUCCAGAGCUCAUCCUUACUACAACUUCUCCCGUCCCAAUGGCACUGUCCACAGUUACACUGCUGUCACUUCUGCAGGGGAUUCAUUUACACCCAGUGCCAAGUUGGAACUCAAUUUAACCGUCACAGAGAAACCCUUGCUUCCAUGUCCUGAUGCACCUCCGGGUCUAGUUGGCCGAUUACUGAUUGAAUUCAGCUCUCUUAUGAGCAUGGAAAGAGUUCAGAGGGAAAAUCCUGAUGUGACUGAAGGUGGGAGGUACGUGCCUCCUGACUGCCAGCCAAAGGAAAAGGUGGCAAUAAUCAUUCCUUUUAGACACAGAGAACAUCACCUUAAAUACUGGCUUCAUUACCUUCACCCUAUACUGAGACGCCAGAAAGUUGCAUACGGAAUUUACAUUAUCAAUCAGUUUGGCGAGGACACUUUCAAUCGGGCCAAGCUAUUGAAUAUUGGUUUUCUGGAAGCAAUGAAAGAGGCAGACUAUGACUGUUUCAUUUUCAGUGAUGUGGAUCUUAUUCCUAUGGAUGACAGAAAUUUAUAUCAUUGCUAUGAGCAGCCACGGCAUUUUGCCAUCGCCAUGGACAAGUUUGCAUUCCGGUUGCCAUAUGCAGGCUAUUUUGGAGGGGUCUCUGGACUAAGCAAAGCCCAGUUUUUGAAGAUAAAUGGUUUUCCCAACGAAUACUGGGGAUGGGGAGGAGAAGACGAUGAUAUUUAUAACAGAAUAACCCACAAUGGCAUGAAAAUUUCCCGGCCUGAUAUCCACGUUGGACGUUAUCGAAUGAUCAAACAUGAACGAGACAAGCACAAUGAGCCCAAUCCUCAAAGAUUUACAAAGAUUCAGAAUACGAAGAUGACUAUGAAGAAAGAUGGCAUCAAUUCAUUGCACUACCGUGUGAUCCACUCUGCCAAAUACCCCAUGUACACAAACAUCACAGUUGAUAUUGGGAAACCACCACCCAGACCUGCCCGGGGAUAAAGCAAUGCACUCAGCACUUCUCCCGACAGCCUAAUUCUUCCUCCUUUCAUUUUGGAAGAAGGAGAGGAAAUGCAGUUAAAACUAUACUUCUGCCUCCUCCAGGGGUUUUUCCAUUACCGUUAUGUGGCAGUUUGCCUGGUUCAUCUGUACACCACGGAAGGACUGACCUAUUCUAGUAAAGAAUAAACAAACUCGAUGCUCAUGAGCGACAGUGUGCUGUACCUGCCAAUGUUCCGCAUGCUCAGAAAGACUUAAUCCAUCUGCUACAUUUUAGUACUUCCUUGUUCUUCUUUUUUUUAUUUUUUAAAUCUUUUAUAAAACAACAGAUUUUCUUCUCCAUUCCAGAAGAGGGAGCGACCAUACUGCCACUGUGAUGUUGACACAGAAAGUUGCAAGUACUAUAACCGCUCACAAAUAUUCAGUUUUCUUUAUCAACAGCACAGUGACUCAACAUGAAUAUACUAAUAGCCUAUAAACUCAAGGUCACUUUGGAUGCUAAAAUAUACACUUUUAAUCUUGCCCUGAACACUUGCACUACAGGGCAACAAUGAGAGCUAAAACUAAUGUAACCGUGCAUAUCUACUUUAAUAGGAUGCUGCUAAAAUCAUCUAGCCUAGGUACCCACUAUAACAGUUACAAGAGUACUGUGGGCAAGAUUGCUUUGCUAUUAGUUAAUGUUCUAUGGAUGGGUAAGUUGUAACACUCACAGACUUGUGCUGUGUUUGAUGGCGGUGUCUGACGUAAAGCGAAUGUAACAAAAUACUCUUGGCAAGUUACAUAAGUUAUAUUGUAUAGUGGGAAGGGAAAAGAAAAAGGUUUGAACCUCUUCAGUAGAUGGAACAUCCUUAAUUGCUUUGCUGUAUUGAAGGCACUUGACUAGCAUAAUACUAGAUUUAUAAACAAAUGUUAUCAACAUGUAAUUGUUUUCUCUUAACACAAUUCCUUAUGGUUAAAUUCUGUUCCAUAAUAGGUAAAACCAUGGCAGGUUCAGAGUAGAUGUGAACAGUGAUGUAUCUGAUGAGGGCAUAGCUACUGUAGACUCAUAAUACACUUACUAUAAAUCACAUUUAUAUAGACAAACAUAUGGCAAGACACAAUAACUAUAAGAAACCCAUUAAUUUGAGUUAAAGAACAUCUAAUGCCCAAAAUUGCCAUCCUUCUUCCUGGUAGCAUAGGGUUGCUGUAGAAGUUCCCAUCUACACAAUCCAAUACAUAUUUGCCCAUGAUCUCCUCAUCCUCUUCUCUCUGUCUGCUCCUGUUCUUCUCACUGGUAUGACUUUUCCCAGUUUGGCAACUGGGGUAUAUGAAUCCUGUACCUCUGCUCAGAGCCCCUUGCAAACAAAUAGCCACCAGCUUAGUAAGAUGGACCAGGGUGGCAAAUGUGGACCAUAGUUUCCCAUUAAUAUGUAUUAACCCAGAGUACUAAAUGUUAUUUUCACAAAAGACAGAAUCCAGAGUAUACAGUUUUCCAGUUUGAGUGAAUUUGCCAAAUUUAGAAUUUAGUCUCUCUCUUUCUACUAUAUGCUGGAAACAUUUGGCUCUGCUUAGUCUUUCUGAUGUUAUUGACAGUAUAGCAAAUGGAAGAACUGUAAUGUUAUCGACCCUUGGCAUAGCUUUGCCUUUGCUUAAAACAUGAGAUGGGCAAAGCUGUUUGCUUCACCACAAUAAGGGAUUGGUUAGGUGAUGUGUUUGGAUAACCUAGGACUGCAUGAGAAUUCUUCUUUAAAACAAAGAUGCUGUCGUGUCAUGCAUGUGGGUCUCGUAUUAUAAUCUGCCAGGUCGCUGCAACACAGGCAUUGGAACAUCUACACAAAUAUACUGCAAAAAGCUGUUGUAUGUAAGCAUAACGUGGACUGUAUUUUGGUGGAGAAAAGAGAUUGCAUGGACAUUCUGCCUUAUCUAAAAACAUGAUUUAGAAAGUGAACUUUACAUGUGGCCUGGGCCCUCCAACAUAGACUGGAUGUACAGUACCUGAAAUACAGAUGGAGCGAAGGAGUUUGAGCUUUGUACACAAAAACAAUGUGGAACCACGGAAGCAAGAGCGCACAAUGGAUUCUUGGCUUCAUGGAUCACAGAACUUGAAAGAGGGAGACCAUGGUUACUAUCUGCAAGUUUAGGGAUUGGUGCUUUGCUGUGCAAUGCAUUGCUAGAGGAUAAUCGGAAUGUAAGGCCUGAUGCAAUUCCUUUUGUACGCAAGGAACCCAUACAAAAGGGUUACUGCAGCAAUUCUAGGGCUUUUUUAAAUUUCAUUUUUCUCACCAUGUCUAAAAUGUUUCAUUGUUAACGGAUAGAUUUUGUAAACUUUACAUCAAGUACCAUGCUUAAGAGAAACCCCCCAGGUUCCUAGUAUUGCUGCUUUCAGGUCUCAUAAAUGGUUACAGUCGAUAGAAGUGCCGACCUGCAAAACUGGGCCAAACACUUGUGCAGCGUUCAUCAGUGGCCUCGUUCUGCAGUCAAGCCCGUACUGUGCCAACUUCUGUGUUUGCAGAGUCUUAGCUCUUCUUUGUAUGUUCAUGUUGAGAGGAGGAUCUGUCCAUCCACUUUGGAUGUGUCUGCUUGUUAUUUGUCUUUUUUCUACAACUGUGGGAAAUGAGAAAAAAAAGAUACGCUGUUGCAAUCUCUGCCUUUACAGUUUUCAUAAAAUAAUUCAACAAAA